CACUCCCAAUUUACUGCUAAAAAUGAUGGCCCAGAAAAAAAUUAAGAAAACCGAUAAUAUGUCAACAUCAAAUUUCCAAAUGUCCUACGUCGAAAUCAGGUGUUCUGUGUCAUCGAGGAAUCAACUAACUGCUUAUUGCUUGUUUCAAUAUUUUUGAGGAGAAUUCAAAAUAUCCACCAUAUCUGAAAGACACAUAAAAAUGGCCCAAAUAGGGGAACCAUUAACUUUAUCAAGAGACAUAAAAAGAUCCAUAGAACUCUUAGAGAAAUUGCAAAAAAGUGGAGAGGUACCUGCGACAAAGCUGGCUGCUCUUCAGAAAGUUUUACAGAGUGAUUUCUUGAAUGCUGUUCGUGAGGUGUAUGAGCAUGUGUAUGAAACUGUCGAUAUCCAAGGGUCCCAAGAUGUUAGAGCCUCCGCCACUGCUAAAGCAACCGUGGCUGCCUUCGCAGCCAGUGAAGGACAUGCACAUCCCAGAGUAGUAGAACUACCAAAGACCGACGAAGGUCUGGGUUUCAAUGUUAUGGGUGGAAAAGAACAAAACUCUCCUAUUUACAUUUCGAGAAUAAUUCCAGGAGGGGUGGCAGAUAGACAUGGAGGACUCAAGAGAGGAGAUCAACUUCUCAGUGUGAAUGGAGUGUCUGUAGAUGGCGAGAAUCAUGAGAAAGCCGUUGAGCUUCUGAAGCAGGCACAUGGAUCAGUUAAAUUGGUUGUUCGUUAUACACCAAAGGUUUUAGAGGAGAUGGAGUUGAGGUUUGACAAGCAGAGAGCUAGGAGAAGACAGCAGUAUAAUUGAAAUGUUAGUGAAUGAAUUCACUAACUAGAGGAUAAUCCAAUUUUAAAGUGUUAUUUAUUAUUUGUGCUAUGUUAAGGAGAAUAAUAUUCCAGAGUUGUAAUCCAAGUUGAGUAGAAACUUCAGUUUGGUAA